CAAAGGAGGUGGCAAAGCUGCUGGAGAUGAAGGCACAGCUGGGAGGAGAUGAGGGGAAACACAAGUUUGUGCUCAAGACUCCAAAGGGCACGCGAGACUACAGCCCCAAGCAGAUGGCCAUUCGAGAGAGAGUCUUUGAUGCCAUCAUCACCUGCUUCAAGCGCCACGGAGCGGAAGUCAUUGACACACCGGUGUUUGAGUUGAAGGAGACGCUGACAGGAAAAUACGGUGAAGACUCGAAGCUCAUCUACGAUCUGAAAGAUCAAGGAGGGGAGCUGCUGUCCCUGCGCUAUGACCUGACAGUGCCCUUCGCUCGCUAUUUGGCGAUGAACAAGAUCACCAACAUUAAGCGCUACCACAUUGCUAAGGUCUACAGGCGGGACAACCCGGCCAUGACCAGGGGCCGCUACAGGGAGUUCUACCAGUGUGAUUUUGACAUCGCUGGCCAGUUUGACCCGAUGAUUCCUGAUGCUGAGUGCCUGAAGAUUGUGCACGAAAUCCUGAGUGACCUGCAGCUUGGGGACUUUCUCAUUAAGGUCAACGAUCGCCGCAUCCUCGAUGGGAUGUUUGCAGUUUGCGGUGUCCCAGACAGCAAGUUCCGAACAAUCUGCUCCAGCGUUGACAAACUGGAUAAGAUGCCAUGGGAAGAAGUGAGGAGCGAGAUGGUGGGAGAAAAGGGGCUCUCUCCCGAGGCUGCAGAUCGCAUCGGGGACUACGUCCAGCUUCAUGAGAACGACCACGUGGGGGAGCCAGUCAGUGUUGGGAGCGUGGCUGGAGGCGGUCGCUACGACGGGCUGGUGGGGAUGUUUGAUCCCAAGGGACGGAAGGUGCCCUGUGUGGGGGUCAGCAUUGGGAUCGAGCGGAUCUUCUCCAUCCUAGAGCAGAGAGUAGAGGCCUCUGAGGAAAAGAUCAGGACAACAGAGACACAGGUACUGGUGGCCUCUGCCCAAAAGAAGCUCCUUGAAGAACGGCUGAAGCUCGUCGCUGAGCUGUGGGAUGCUGGAAUCAAGGCAGAAGUGCUGUACAAGAAGAACCCCAAGCUGCUGAAUCAGCUGCAGUACUGCGAGGAAACGGGCAUCCCUCUUGUUGCCAUCGUGGGUGAGCAGGAACUCAAAGAUGGAGUCAUCAAGCUGCGGGUCGUGGCGACCAGGGAGGAGGUCAACAUUCGCAGGGAGAGCCUAGUUGAGGAGAUCAGGAUGCGAACGAGCCGACCUUAA